GCUCUCUCUCUCCCCCCUCUCCCUCUAUAUAUCUCUUCUCGCAAAAUACUGCCCUGCUCAGCUCUCUCUCUCUCUCUAGAGUCAUCUGAAGCUGCGCACAGCAGGCGUAGCUGUUGCAGAGUGCAGAGCAGUUAGUUAACUAACGGUUUUUGCUUCUCUUCUCCCCAUUUUGCCCUUCUUGUUCUCUUGAAUUUACUAUUCCAAGUGUUUCAGAGGGAGAGGAGAAAUAAUUGAUAAUGAUUACGGGGAAGGAUCUGUACACCGUCUUAACGGCGGUUGUUCCUCUCUAUGUUGCGAUGAUCUUGGCUUAUGGCUCUGUGCGUUGGUGGAAGAUUUUCAGCCCCGACCAGUGCUCCGGCAUCAACCGGUUCGUGGCGAUAUUUGCUGUGCCGUUACUGUCGUUCCAUUUCAUCUCCACUAACGAUCCUUAUGCCAUGAAUUUCCGGUUCAUUGCCGCCGAUACGCUUCAAAAGAUUAUAAUGCUUGUCGCUCUCGGAAUUUGGACUAAUUUCACUAAAAAUGGAAGUUUAGAAUGGAUGAUUACCAUUUUCUCUUUGUCUACUCUUCCAAACACUCUGGUUAUGGGCAUUCCUCUGUUAAUCGCCAUGUACGGUGAGUACUCCGGUAGCCUUAUGGUUCAGGUGGUGGUUUUGCAGUGUAUCAUUUGGUACACUCUUCUCUUGUUUCUGUUCGAGUACAGAGGAGCCAAGAUGUUGAUCAUGGAGCAGUUCCCUGAAACUGCAGCUUCCAUUGUUUCCUUCAAGGUCGAUUCUGAUGUUGUUUCUUUAGACGGUAGAGAUUUCUUGGAAACAGAUGCUGAGAUUGGUGGUGAUGGGAAGCUACAUGUGACGGUGAGGAAAUCGAAUGCUUCGCGGCGAUCUUUGGGGCCUGGUUCUUUCUCUGCAUUGACUCCUCGUCCGUCGAAUCUUACUGGAGCUGAGAUUUAUAGCUUGAGUUCAUCGAGAAAUCCUACACCAAGGGGAUCUAAUUUUAACACUUCCGACUUUUACAAUAUGAUGGGAGUUCAGGGAUUCCCUGGCGGAAGGCUUUCAAAUUUUGGCCCAGCAGACUUGUACUCUGUGCAAUCUUCAAGAGGUCCAACGCCUCGGCCCUCAAAUUUUGAAGAAAAUUGUGCUCCAAUGGCUACAAUUUCUUCUCCGAGAUUCGGGUUCUAUCCGGCGCAGACGGUUCCAACAUCUUACCCAGCACCGAGUGCAGAAUUUUCUGCAACAGUCUCCACUAAGAAUUCUAAGAAUCAACAGCAGCAGCUGCAGGAGCAACAGCAACAGCAGCAACAGCAACAGAAUUCCAAAGCAAACCAUGACGCUAAGGAGCUGCACAUGUUUGUAUGGAGCUCAAGUGCCUCCCCGGUCUCCGAUGUAUUUGGUGGGAAUGAUUUCGGAGCAUCCCAGCAAUCUGGCCGGUCCGACCAGGGAGCAAAGGAGAUCAGGAUGUUAGUUGCUGACCACCCACAGGAUGGGGAAACCAAAGCCAUUGCACAUGCUGGAGAAUUUCCUGGCGAGGACUUCAGUUUUGCUGGUAAAGGAGAAGGAGAAGAGGAUGGGCGAGAAAAAGAGGGACCCACUGGCCUUAACAAGCUAGGGUCAAGCUCAACCGCGGAACUCCACCCAAAAGCCGCCGGAGCACCAGAAUCUGGAGCCAACAAACAUAUGCCUCCGGCAAGCGUGAUGACCCGUCUGAUACUGAUCAUGGUUUGGCGCAAACUGAUUCGGAACCCAAACACAUACUCCAGUCUCAUUGGCCUGGUGUGGUCUCUAAUUUGUUUCCGGUGGCAUGUGGCUAUGCCUAAAAUAAUUGAGAAGUCCAUCUCCAUACUGUCUGAUGCUGGCCUUGGAAUGGCUAUGUUCAGCCUAGGUCUGUUUAUGGCUUUACAACCGAAGAUAAUUGCCUGUGGGAACUCGGUGGCCGCAUUCGCCAUGGCUGUUCGUUUCCUGACUGGUCCUGCAGUGAUGGCUGCAGCUUCAAUUGCAGUUGGCCUGCGUGGUACUCUCCUCCAUGUCGCUAUUGUUCAGGCUGCGCUGCCACAAGGGAUUGUUCCAUUUGUGUUUGCCAAGGAAUACAAUGUCCAUCCAGCCAUUCUCAGCACUGCGGUUAUCUUCGGAAUGUUGAUAGCAUUACCAAUUACACUUGUCUACUACAUUCUCCUUGGAUUGUGAUUUUUCUCAGUGGUAACCCAGAAAUAGAGCAGAAAUGAAGAGAAUUUUGAUUGCAUAGUGUGUCACACUUGGCUUGGCUUGGCAGCAUCGACUGCAUCAAAAUAUGUUGGUAUUAGAAGAGGAUUUCCCGGGGAAAGAAGAAUUUAAUGCAAAGAAAUUUGCCAAAGGUUCCAAGAUUCUUGGAGCUAAAAAAAAUUAGCUUAGUUGAAAGCCCUGAUAUAAGGAUCAUGCAACCAGCAAGAGCCAAAGUAAGUUCAGUUUUCUAAGGUUUGGAAAGGAGAAAAAACAAAAAUUAAUUGAAGGGCGUUCUUGCAUAAGGGAGACAUGAAAGAGGAAAACAAGGGGCAAAAGAGAUAAGGAUCAUCUUCAUGGAUAAUCUUAAUUCUCUUCAUUUCCGUAAAUUCAUGUAAAUUCUGAUUUUAAUAUUAGUUUUUCCCCUUCUGCUAUAAAAAGAUAAUGAAAAAUAUUAAAGAAUUGGAUAAGACGAGAAGAAGAAAAGUUAUUUUAAACACAACCAAAGAAAAAAAAAAGCUCUUUUCUCUAUAUUAGUUUAGUUUGUUGUUUGUGUUUGGCUUUAGAUUGUCCGCAGAUCUGGCAAUUAUUUGCGUU